GCCGCCGGCUCCAGCUGCCACCGCAAACGGGCUUAACGAGAGAGAGAAGUAAGGGGGAGAGAGAAAUCAUCGUCACUUGUCAAGCAUGGCGGCAGCUGCAGAAACGGAGAGCCCUUCACCAAAAAUCUUUAUUCCCAAUGAAUGGUCGACAGCAGCCGACGUGAUAGCCUGUGGCUCUGUUUCUUUUCCUAUUGCUUUUGUCUGCGGCCCCAAAAACAGCGGCAAAACAACUUUCUCCCGCCACCUCGUUAAUGUGCUUCUCCAGAGGCGCAAAAGAGUGGCUUUUCUUGAUACUGAUGUGGGGCAGACGGAGUUUACUCCGCCUGGUCUUCUAGCACUGACUGUUAUUGACAAGAUAACUCCAGAUUUGACGAUUCCAUGCGUGAAAACUCCUGCAAGGUGCUUUUUCUUUGGUGACAUAUCCUCUAAAAGAGACCCAACAACUUAUCUGACUUAUAUUAAGGCCCUUUACGAUCACUAUAUGGAAACAGAAAUCCAGGGUGCAGGGCUACCACUCGUCAUAAAUACCCCGGGCUGGGUAAAAGGUAUCGGUUAUGAGAUUCUGGUGGAAAUGCUAAGAUAUAUAUCUGUCACACAUGUGGUUAAGCUUCAAAGAUCGGUUCUUGCAAGGAACUUACCAGAUGGGCCAUUUUGGUUAGACGAGGGCGAUGCUGAUGCUGCCACAACUAUCAUUGAGAUCAAUGCUCCUCCUCAGAACCAUUUAACUUCAAUGGCGCCAAUGCGAAAGGAUGCACGUCUUCAACGGGAUCUGCGACUAAUGGCAUACUUUAAGCAAUGCUUUCCAAGUGAUACAAUUAUCUCCACGAUUAAAGAACUUUCUCAUGCAUUGGCUUCUCACCCUCCUUAUGAGAUUCCCAUGUCGAGCAUCACGAUAAAACACCUCCAUUGCCAGGUGCCGGGCUGUAUCGCCCCUUACUUAUCUACGAUCGUGCUCUCUACUAAUUAGGAUAUACUACUUGCGUUGCAGCCGUAUACUUAUUUUGCUAUUGUUGAAGGC